CACACAGAGUUCUUCUUCUUCUUCCUGCACUGGCCAACGAGAAAAGCAGAAACUUAAUCCCAUCUGCGAUCAAGUUAAACAUCUGUAAUCACGAUCACCAUCGCAUCUCUUCAAACUUAGGGUUCAGCCAUCUACAAUCAGCUUUCCGCCACUCCUUUCUGGAUCCACAAUUGGCCAUCGCAUCUCUUCAAACCUAGGGUUUCAAACUAUUUUCAUUUAAACCAGGGGGCAUCAAGAUCAUUUCCAAUGCUCUCGUAUCAGAGACAGUGAUACCAAGAAGGCAUCUGGGAUCGAGCAAAGAAGAUAUCAAUGUCGAAAUCCAUUUUGGGGGGAGAUGAAGAGCAGCAAGAUAACAUUUUGGACAAUCAAGAAGGUCUCUGCGCUAUAUCUCCUCUGCAGAGAGUAUAUGGGUUCGCUGCUUGUAUGGUCUCUGGGGUAGUUUGUAUGUUCUUGUGUUUUAUUGUUUUCGCAAAGCCCAUCAAGUUUGGUCUUCUGUUCACAUUUGGCAACCUGUUGGCAGUUGGAAGUCAGCGCGAGUUGCUUAGCUCUCAUGGGUUUACUAAGAAUCAGCUCUGGAAAUACCCAUCAAUGGUUAAAAUGGCAGAGCUUAUGGGACAUACCUCUCGAGUUCUUUUUAUGGCUCAGAGCCCAGAUGGUUGCACUGUUGCAUCUGCUGCAGGUGAUGAAAUACUAAGAUUCUGGAAUGUUUUUGGAACCCCUGAAGUCAAAAAACAGGUUCCCAAGUCUAACCUGGAGCUGUUCGCUCAUGUUAACCGAAUCCGUUGAUGCCCGAUUUACUAUAUGCUUGAUGUAAUCUCGGGUAUAGAUUCCUCCAUUACUUUUUCAAGAUCUUACUUUUUCACAGUGAGUGCCCAUGCAUUGUGGCAUUCAAUAUUUUACAGAUUACUUUGGUCAUUCCUGGUUUUAUAUAUUGGAGCAUUCUCACUAUAUUAUGUUAUACAUUCUGUGUUUCUAAUUGUUUUAGUGCUAUUGGAGGCUUUCAAGACAAGGGGUUCAAGCAUUUGUUUGGCACUUCUCAAAAGUGAAAGUUGAAUGGGAAGGGGAGGGGAUGGAAUGCUUAGGAUAUUGGUCUAUCUCUGAUGAGGUAAAUCAACCAUUUAUUUCCAACAAAACUUGGGAUACAUUGAUCAAUCUUUGAUUCCAGUUACACCAAAUCAUUUACUUCUAACAGAACUGGUCCAUCUCUUAUAUCCUAUUUGCUUCUGACCUUUGCUCGAUCGCUAGUUCAGAUAAUGCUAUGGCUAAAACGAUAGUGAUGCAAGUGGGCUGACAGUAGAGUAGUGGAGGAUGAAGAUAUGGCUGAAAAUGAGGUGCACAUACGGCGUAGCAAACGUGACAGGAAGGCUCUGGUUUAGCAAGAUGAUUAUGAUAUUUAUUACUAGUUUAUAGUUUUUAUAUUGUGUAAUUAAUAAUUAAAUGAGCGUAAUUAAGAGCUCCUUUCCCAAAUCAUAGAGUUGCUGGAACCCCCCUGACUCGGAUGGGCAUUUUAGUCCAAGCAAAUUACAACGACUCUUUUUUGCCAAACGGCGUCAAUAAAACCCUAGAACAGUUUGAAGCGAACCAUUCUCAAUCCCCUUCCAUUCUCUGCUCUCUCUCGCUCUCGCUCGCUUCAUUGAAUCUGUUCUCAAUCGAUCUCCCAAAGGCUCUCGAUCUUCGAUCUUGAUACUUUGAAUCUCUGUCGUUCUUUAUUCUACAUUCAAUUUUGAUUAAUUUUGUUGAUCCCUUAACGGUCUAAUAUUGUUUUUGCAGGCCCUUUUCUUUCCGAAUAUAUAUUUCUGUUUACAGCUGUUGUUUUUCGCUUCUUUUUGUUUGUGUGUUAUUAACGUGAUGGAUGCAGGAUUAAGAAACUCUAUGGCAUCGAACAUGACUGGAUCAGUCGUUUUCCUCAUCAGGAGCAGUAUCGUCAGAGAAAAAGCUCCCAUGAAAAUUGGGACAGGUUCAUUCCUAAUAGAUCUGCAAUGGAUUUUGACUAUGCACAUUUUAUGGUGACCGAAGGAUGUAAAGCUAAAGAGAUUCCGGCCAGUUCACCUUCAAGAGAAGCAUACCGAAAGCAGCUUGCGGAGAUCUUUAACAUGAACCGGAGGAUCCUUGCUUUUAAGAACAAACCACCCA